UAAUUUCGAGGACCUGGUAGACGACGCGACCGAGGGAGCAAGAGAAGGGCGACCGCGAGAGGGAAGGGGACGAACUCUGCAACUAGGGUUUUGGAAUCGAUUCAAAUCACUUGCUGCAUCCUUUUCUCCGUCUGAGGCCGUCCCCGAAAUCGGCGGCGGCUACUGAAAUCGACGACGAAUAAUUGUUUUUGGAUCCGUAGUGGCUUUGAACAAGGGUUGUAUACGUCGUCGGAUGUCAGCCGUUUAUUUCCCUUAUUAAUGAGAAGGAAAUCUCCUGUUCAUGUAUGAUAUUAUGGAAGAAGAAGACGAAGAUAAGCUUUUGUUAAGUAGCCUGGGCAUCACAUCGGCGAAUCCGGAAGAUAUCGAGCGUAAAAUUCUGUCGCAGGCAAAGAAUGACACCAAUUAUGCAAGUGAGCCUGGGGAGAGCUCCCAUGACUAUGAGCCUGAUGAAACUGGACCAUUGCCUACCCGAGUUAAACUCUACAAUAAAUUGCGUGCAUUGGAAGUUGAAAUUGAUGCUGUAGCUUCUAGCAUUGGAAGUGCUAAAUGCAUUGAAGUUGAUGGAAGUGGCAAUUCUGAUAGCACAAGUGUCAGAGGGGAUAAACCUGUGGAGAAUAUUGGGUAUGAUGUUCAUGCUCCUUCUAGCAAUUUGUGUCUGGAACAGGCACUUGCAACAGAUCGUCUAAGAGAUCUUAAGAAAGCAAAGGCUCAGCUGCAAAAAGAAAUUUCUCUGUUUGGUGACUAUGCUUUUGCUAAUGACAUUGAGCAUGAAAAACACAAUGUGGAGCUGCUUGAUGAGUUGGUCAAAGAAAGACCAAAACAAAAACCAAAGCAUAAGCAGAAACUAAAAUCAAAUGGACACUCAAAACGACCUCUGAAAGCUGUUGCCUAUGAUGAAGAUGCUGAUUUUGAUACAGUUCUUGAUGCAGCCUCUGCUGGGUUUAUGGAAACUGAGAGAGAUAAAUUGGUUCGAAGGGGUAUCUUAACACCAUUUCAUAAGCUUAAAGGCUUUGAACGUCGUGUCCAAGAACGUGGACCUCCAAUCAGGCAAGAUGUACCUGAGGAAGACUCAACUGAAAAUCUUGCAUCAACCAGCAUUGCUAGAGCUGCUCAAUCAAUUUCCCAGAUUGCAUUGGCUCGACCAACAACCAAAUUGCUAGAUGCAGAGGCUUUGCCUGCACUGGAACCACCUACUCGCCCGUUUCAAAGACUUCAAGGUCCUCUAAAACGCGCAAGAUCCUCAAGAAAAAAAGAAUUGGAUAAGAAUGAAAGAAAUAUAAAGAGGACAAGAAGGCCUGGACCUGAGAAAAGAUGGAGAAAGGAUGAUUUAACCAAUGAGUCACUGGAUGGAAGUGAGGAAGACACAAGGAGAGGUUCGAGUGCCUCUGAUUGUGAGGAAGAAUUGCAAGAUGAGGCAGAAAACAAGGACCAGUCAUCUGUAGUCUUUGAAGGAGGCUUGAAAAUGCCUGGUGCUAUUUAUUCAAAACUUUUUGAUUAUCAAAAGGUAGGAGUUCAGUGGCUGUGGGAAUUGCAUUGCCAAAGAGCUGGUGGCAUCAUUGGAGAUGAGAUGGGUCUGGGUAAGACCAUCCAGGUCAUCUCAUUUCUUGGCGCUCUUCAUUUUAGUAAAAUGUAUAAAACCAGUAUUGUUGUUUGUCCUGUGACCCUUCUGAGACAAUGGCAACGGGAGGUUAAGAAAUGGUACCCUGACUUUAAAGUUGAGAUACUGCAUGAUUCUGCGCAUGCUAUAACUAAACAGAAAUUGGUCAAAUCUAGUGAAAGUGAUUAUGAUAGUGAAUCUUCAUUAGGUAGUGAUAGUGAAAGACCUUGCCCUGUAAAAUCAACAGAAAAAUGGGAUUAUAUGAUUGAUCGGAUUGUGAAAUCUGAAUCAGGAUUGCUUCUGACUACAUACGAGCAAUUACGCCUUAUGGGUGAGAAGUUGCUUGAUAUAGAAUGGGGAUAUGCAGUUUUGGAUGAGGGUCAUCGAAUAAGAAAUCCAAAUGCUGAGAUAACUUUAGUUUGUAAACAACUACAGACUGUGCAUCGCAUAAUUAUGACUGGUGCACCAAUUCAAAACAAAUUAGGAGAAUUGUGGUCUCUUUUUGAUUUUGUAUUCCCUGGGAAAUUAGGUGUCUUGCCUGUGUUUGAGACAGAGUUUGCAGUUCCAAUUACAGUGGGUGGAUAUGCUAAUGCUACACCACUGCAGGUGUCAACAGCUUAUAGAUGUGCAGUUGUCUUACGUGAUUUGAUCAUGCCAUACCUUCUUAGGCGUAUGAAAGCUGAUGUGAAUGCUCAGCUACCCAAGAAAACUGAACAUGUCCUUUUCUGCAGCCUAACCCCAGACCAGCGAUCUGUGUAUCGGGCAUUUCUUGCUAGCUCUGAGGUGGAGCAAAUUUUUGAUGGAAUAAAAAACUCGUUAUAUGGGAUAGAUGUUAUGCGGAAGAUCUGCAAUCAUCCUGAUCUAUUGGAAAGAGAACAUGCUGCUCAGAAUCCAGAUUAUGGGAAUAUUGAACGAAGUGGAAAGAUGAAAGUUGUUUCGCGGAUUCUUAACGUUUGGAAGGAGCAAGGACAUCGUGUUCUUCUUUUUGCACAAACUCAACAAAUGCUAGAUAUUAUAGAGAGCUUUCUUACUGCAAGUGGUUAUAGCUAUAGAAGAAUGGAUGGAUUUACUGCAGUAAAGCAGCGGAUGGCACUUAUAGAUGAAUUUAAUAACUCUGAGGAGGUCUUCGUCUUCAUCUUAACUACUAAAGUUGGUGGUUUGGGAACAAAUUUGACAGGCGCUGACAGGGUCAUUAUAUAUGAUCCUGACUGGAAUCCUUCAACUGAUAUGCAGGCAAGAGAACGGGCUUGGCGGAUUGGACAGAAACGGGAUGUAACAGUUUACAGAUUGAUAACACGUGGAACCAUAGAGGAGAAGGUAUACCACAGGCAAAUCUACAAGCAUUUUCUCACCAACAAGAUCUUGAAGAAUCCUCAACAAAGGCGAUUCUUCAAAGCAAGAGACAUGAAGGAUCUAUUCACCUUGCAAGACGAUCAAGGGGAUUUGACCGAGACAUCAAAUAUUUUCAGUCAGUUAUCCGAAGAGAUCCAUGUAGGUGUUACCGAUGGUUACCAAGGAAAACAAGGAUCUAGCCCAAGUGGCAUAAGGGAGAGCACUAAUCAAAUUGAUGGCGGUAAAGAUGAGGAAAUAAAUAUUUUGAAAAGUCUUUUCGAUGUCCAUGGUAUUCAUAGUGCAAUGAACCAUGAUGCCAUUAUGAAUGCUAAUGAGGAUUUUAAGAUGAAGAUGGAGGAGCAAGCUUCCCAAGUAGCACAGAGGGCAGCUCAAGCCUUGCGGGAGUCACGAAUGCUUCGAAGUCGUGAAAGUUUUGCUGUUCCCACAUGGACUGGAAGAGCUGGCGCUGCUGGGGCUCCAUCAUCUACCCGUAAUAGGUUUGGAUCUACUUUAAAUACACAGCUGCUGGGUCCUGGGAAGCCCAGUGAAGGAUCUGCUAGUAGGCCUCCUGGUUUCUCAGCUGGAGCUUCAACUGGUAAAGCACUAUCAUCAGUUGAACUCUUGGCUAGGAUUCGUGGAACUCAAGAGAGGGCUGUUAGUGAUGCCCUCGAGCAAGAUCUGGAUUUGGCUUCUACGUCCAAUCACCAACAUGGAAAGCCAGAAAGCAGUCAUUCAACAAAGCCGCCCAGUAAACUCGUGAUAGCACAGCCUGAGGUCCUGAUCCGGCAGCUCUGCACUUUCAUACAGCAGAGAGGUGGGAGCACCGAUUCUGCAAGCAUAACACAACAUUUCAAGGACAAGAUACAAUCAAAAGAUUUGCCUCUCUUCAAAAAUCUUCUCAAGGAAAUAGCAACAUUGGAGAAGGAUGCCAGUGGAUCCAGAUGGGUUUUGAAAUCAGAGUAUCAGUGAUAGUAGUUGAAGAAGGAUUACCAUUUUUCUUUAGAUUCCUUUAACCAUAAAGUGCAAGUAACAAAGGAUUCAUUUGUUGGCUCACCGUUCAUCACUUUUGUGUGACAUCUGUGAUUAUAUAAAGCGUCGUUGUCGUCGAGUCUUAACCACAAGUUCUGGUAAAAGCAAUUGGGUUCAAUUUAUUUUUGUCAAUAUGAAACCUUUAGUCGGACACUUUUGUCUUUGUACAUAUCUAGAAGAGAAACAAAUGCCAACGGAGAAAUAUAUUCAUUCUUGAUUGUGAUCUCCAUCCAA